ACUAUGGGUCAUCAAAUUUUCUUUUUCUUUGUGACUUUUAUUACUCGAGUGGCGUUCAGCUCAGGCGCUGAGCUUCAGGUUACAGUAAAAGUUUACGAGAGAUUCUUACUGGCAUGCCCUUCAUUCAGCUAUCGAGGAAGUGUGCGAGAAAUCAAGUGGUAUCGCUGCUCUCCCAGGAACAAUGAUUGCGACACAGACUGGAGGGAUUUCCAGAUAGCGUAUGUCGACAGUAUGAAUGAAACAAAAGCCGAUAUACCAAACUUUGACGUUUACACAAAUGGAACCUUAGUUAUUAAGAUGGUACAACCCACGGAUGAUGGAGUAAUGUUUAUCUGUUCCGCCGAAGAGUAUUAUGUAGGGAGAAUACAGAACACCACGAUCCUCAAUAUUGCCCAAGACCCCCCAAAAUUAAUACCAGAGUGUCCUCGAUCGAUUCAUGUCAUUAAAGGAAUGAAUCUUCAUAUGGAUGCGCUAGUACAGAGCUAUCCUUACCCCUGGGUAACUUGGAGCCAUAAUGGGAGACUCUUACAGAAUACAUCAAAUGUCGCUUCAGAAACAAGGCUUAAAAUUUGCAACGUCACUGCAAAUCAAGAUGGACGUUACUCCUGUUACGCCGAGAAUAUUUUUGGACAUGAUAUCUUCACCGUAGACGUUAAGGUUCAAGAGGAAAACUGCACACCUACUCAGACGCUUCCGUGUGGAAUUAAGAAGGUGACGACGAGCCCAGCAUUAGAGACCCAAAGACCCUCGACUUCACCUCCCCCAAAGACCCCAAGACCCUUAGCUUCACCUCCCCUAAAGACCCAAAGACCCACAGCUUCAUCUUCCCAGAAGACCCAAAAACCCUCAGCUUCACCUCCCCUAAGAAAGGAAGAUGGGAAAGUCCUCAACUGGUUAACCUUGAUUUUUGUUGUAUUGCUGGUAAUUGCUCAUGGAUUCACUAUUGGUCUGCUUUAUUUUCUGCUUUCGAAAAUCAAGAGCAUCCAAGAUCGUGUCAAUGGAUUCGAAAGUCCUGUUUCGCUUAGAAAUUUCGGUGGCGAUGAAGAUGUCCUAGAACCAAAUGGAGGGGACGAACAGGGAAAACGUUAG